AUGCUUGUGGACAGCUCGGAUGGCCUCCUGUCCACUGGGCAGGACCGAAUUGACGAGGACCUGCUGGAGGAGAUCCGCUCCCUCGAGAACCGCCUGAGGGAAGAGAUUGCCUGGGCCCAAGAACACGGCGUCCAGCUGGCGGGGCCUCCUUGUCAGCAAAUAGCCCAAUGUUGUUCAGUCUUCGCUGAAAUCUCGGAGUUGGGUCCAACCGUUAACUGCUUCGCAAGGCCUGAUGUUGUGGAGCCUGCGGCGGCGCAGUCAUUCUCGGGGGCCAUGCAUGCGGAGGAAACCUAUGCGGGCGACCUUCGCGGGACCGACCUCAAAUCGCAGGCGUCCAACAGGGACCACCCACAAGCGAUCCAAACACGCUGA